ACCUGACAUAUGACCGCUGAGGUGAGCUACCUGGCUCUACUCCGCCUUCGCCGGACCCACUGAUACCGAAAUUGAGUUGGCCUUUUUGCGAAACCCAAAACUUCAUCAUUUAAACAAAACGGUAUCCUUCGAAUUUCCCAAACUUCUCUCAAACUCCCAAGCUCAAAUUCUGAUUCGUUUCCCCCGAAACCCCUCCACCAACUCACCUCUGGUAAAGAUUUUGGGCUACUUGGGAGCUCAAAUUAUAUAGCUUUUUAGUAAUUGCACAAAUGUCAAGCACAAGCAGCAGCAGUAGCAGCAGCAAGAGGAAUAGUGAGAGCUCAUUUGAUGUUGAGGAACUCCUACAAAUUGGGACAAGAUGCAGAGAGCUAAAGAAAGAGAAAGACAUGUUGAAAGAAUCACAAUCCCAAAGCUUCGGGCUGAUCAGGAGAUUAGAAGUGCAUGUGAAUUCAUUAUCAGAAGCCUGCACAGAAGACAAGAAACAAAUUCAAAUGUUAGAGAAAGAACUCAAGAACUGCUCUCAAGAAAUAGAUUACCUGCAGGAUCAACUAAAUGUAAGGAACACUGAAGUGAACCUCCUUGAAGAGCAUGUACAUAGCCUUGAGUUUAAAUUAGCCGAUAUGGAAACUUUACAAAAGAUGGUUGACGGUUUAAGGAAUGAACUUAAGAAGUCCUAUACAGAUCGCUUGUACUUAAUACAGGAACUAGAAAACAAAGAAAUAGAGUUACGGAAUUCAAAUUUGUGCAUGGAGAAACUAGAGGAGUCAGUUUCAUCCAUGUCAUUAGAGUCUCAGUGUGAAAUAGAGAGUAUGAAGCUUGAUAUAUCGGCCUUGGAGCGUAGCUGCUUUGAAGCUAAGAAAAUACAGGAAGAAACUGUUCGAGAAAAUACUAGGAUGAGUCAGUUAAUUCAAGAUCUUGAGGUUCAAUGUUGGGAUGCAAAGAAAACUGCUGAGACUUUCGAAAUGGAAAAUAAGGAACUUAGGAAGAAGCUUAAUACAUCGGAGACAAAUACUAGGAUAUUCUGUCAGAGAGUUGAAAAAUGGCUGGAAAUGGACAGAGAUCAACUCGACACCGAGUCCUUGUUGUGUGAACUAGAGAGAAACCUUGAGUUGUCAGAGGAAAUGAGCACGUAUGGAGAAGUCUUGGGCCCCCUCUUUUCCAAAUUGGCAAUGGUAGUCACACCAGAUGCAGCUUUAAUAAAGAAGAUGGAGAAGCUGUCACGUCAGAUAGAGGAGUACGAAGUUCUUGUGAAGCAACUAAAGGAAGAACUGAAAGUGGAAAAGUUGAAGGCAAAAGAAGAAGCGGAGGAUCUAGCUCAAGAAAUGGCUGAGCUCAGAUACCAAAUGACAGGGUUGCUUGAAGAAGAGUGUAAGCGCCGUGCUUGCAUCGAGCAAGCAUCGUUACAAAGAAUUGCUGAGUUAGAAGUACAGAUUAAAAAAGAACGGACCAAAUCCAUUGCUGCUCUCUGACAGCUCGAUGAAGCAUAGUUAUGCACUGAAGGUGAUGCUCGAAGGUAGUAGCAUUCGCCCGGAUUACAUGGUUAUUCUAGUGUCAGCCCUCACUCUUAUGGCUGUGGGAUGAAGGAUUGUACAAUGAUAGCAUGCAGUACUUGCGUCCAAUUUUUUCGGAUUGGGAGAUUCCCAUGUAUCCAAGUACUUAUUUAGAGGGGGUUUGUUUUCUCUGUUACCGAAGAUAUUAUGUAGUUCCGAGGAAGCAGGCUGCUGUGGUACGCCGGCUCGGAAGCGCUCUUAUUGUACUUACCCUUGUUAGGCGUGGGGAAUGAAGUAUACAAAUCUUAGUACUUGAGAAUUUAAUUUGUGGAUGUUGAAGUUGCUUCAUAAACUAUUGAUUUGAAAGUGUAUAAAAUUGUCCACUGUUUGGUUGCUGAGAAAAUGGACUCUUGGACUCUUAUAUAUGCAUGUAUUGUUUGGGGUUGGUAGGAAAAGAGCCAGGGCCAGACAACCGAACCGAGUCAAAAUGCAUCAUGAGAGUAUUUUCUGGAAUGUGAUUCUCUUCCUUGCAUUUUCUUAGCAACCAAACAGGCCAGAUGGUUUUUUUUUCAGAG